AUGUCCCUGGGAUAUAUGGUGGUUACAAUUCUUUGGUUGAUAGUUGUGCUGCUCUAUUGGCGUGAUCUACUUCGCCUACAAUUCUGCAUCUGCUUAAUGCUGUUACUUGGCCUGAUUGAGCAGAUCGCCCAAUUCGCCCAGCUCGAGGUGGUACACGUGAGUGGUCAGACUAAGAACUCUUGCCUCGUUAUGGCUGAGCUGAUCACUUGUGUUAAGAAAACUGCAGCCCGGUAUCUCUUACUACUCGUCUGUCUCGGGUAA